GACGGGCAACGCGUGAGCACGCAAUCAACGGGCGCGUUCUAUGGUGACAUAUGUAGGCAUGUGAAUUGGGAAAAUAUUAUUGAAUUUACUUCAAAAAUUAUUUUAAUCAAAAAGAUAGCACGGGAAGUGGAAAAAUUGCUGAAUAAAAUUUAGUAAAAAAUUUAAAGUGUAAAAAUGGAAGUGACGACAACAGCGCAUUAUCUUUACGAUACUAGCACCCCCAGCUUUGCUGACGAUAUAACCGACUUCACUGAUACCCCUUACGCCGACUUGGCGGCAGUUACGUCAAACAACGUAGUCGACCGGCUGCUUCACUCUGGCGAACAGUUGACACACAACCAAAUCACCUUCGAGAUACCAUCGCAUCACGAUCUCGAGCACAUCAACACGUUGCACACGUUCAAUACGCUGCUACAGCGCAUCGGCAAUGUGGCAUACGACACUGUUGCUUCCGCCAACGCACAGGCACAUAGCAGGCAGGCAACAGAGGAGCAGGCGCUACGCCCGCUUGGCGUGGAUGCGACUGGCCACCGCAUUACCAGCGAACAAAUCUCAAGGAGUGCUGUGUUGAACAUGGCCGACCUGAAGCGUGGGGUCGGUGAUGUGGGUGGUAGCUUCUCAGAACGUGUUUUUGGCGAUGCCGAUAUGCAUACGGUCAUCAAUUAUUUAUGGAUUGGUGUUGUCACUGCGUUGGUGGUGCUGUCCGUGAUUUUCAUUGUGUUCUCCUGCUACUUUUAUCGCAAAUUCCGGCAAUGGAAGAAGUGCAGUAAGUAAUAAGCGCAUAAGUGAUAAAUUGACUGCUAUAAAUUCAUACAUACAUAUGUAUGUACAUAUUUGUAUGAGUGUGUGUGUCUGCAAAUAUCCCAGUGGGGAUCUAAUGUAUUGCUUAUGAGUUUUAUAUUCUAUUAUUGUUUAAUAUGUACACAGUACUGUAAUGUAUUCAAAAAGUCCCAAAAAUUUCAUAUUAAAUCCCAUAGAUUUCUGGAUAUUAAGUAAUGCAAAAUUAAAUGAUCCACUUUUUUUAGGACAUCGCCAAAAAAAAAGCAUUUUCGAAUGUGGAAACGGCUGCUUUACUGUAUAUUUAUUCGAUUACCCGAUUACCAUACAUUACAUUUUCGACUGGGAUGGUAUACACUUACUUUAGAGUUAGCAUAGUUAUGGGCGCAGCUGUUCGUUAGAAGUGCAAAUUUUGUGUUAAUGACGACUAAUGACCCGCUCGGUUUACGUAAUAAAAGUCAACGACUUGUUUACAUCACUUUUUUUGCAGUGAUAUGUAAUUGCAUACUUCCAUUGUAAAUUUUUAGUUUAACAGGUAAACUGGCUGCUCAAGCGUGAAUUAGUUCAAGUAGUUACAUGAUUACAAUCAACAAAUUAUUAAAUUCGAAUUAAAAUUAAUCGCUUAUUUCACUUUGUACCUACAUACUUAUUACAAAUACUAGGUUUUAUAAGAAAGAGCAUUCAUUACAAUUAUAUCUGGA